AUGUUAGCCGGAAUGGGUCACGGUGAGCCAUUUAAGAUUCCGAACUAUACGAUCUACAACAACUAUCGAGAAUUCCCUCAGUUGGCCGCACACGAACAACGCUUGGCACAAAUCGGAUUGAAAGACCCAUGGAUUAGGAAUUAUGUUUACUUGUACGAUAAACACUAUCCGCACGUCGAAGGCCAGUGGGCUCAUUUCAAAAAGUUGAUCCUCCGAGGCUGGAAAGGAGGCGUAGGAUUCGCUGCAGCCGUAAUCGCUAUCGAAGAAGGCUAUUCUUACUGGAAACAUGGCCAUACCAGUUGGGAUGCACAUCAUUAA